CGGGGGACUCCGGCAACUCGACCUCAACCCUGCAGCCUGCUCUCUUUACCCUGAAGGAGGAGUGCAUUCAAACCCUGUUCAUGCUGUAUAUAGAAACACAUCCACACAAACGCACCUGACGUAGUAACGAGCCAAAUCGACACAUGCGGACAGCUCGCGUUUAGAGCGCCCACAAGAAAGAUUACGCAGUCGGCUUGCUUCGCUGCAGCUGUGAGAGCAGCUCAACUUAAAACCACACUGGACAUCAGGAGUUACCCAGAAGGCACCUCUGCCCUUGGGGCCCCCUCCAUUUCGCUGUAAUCAAGAGUAAAAUGAUAUCUGCUGCCCCCCCCCCAACAUGCCCCCUUUAGCUCGGUGGCCUCCUCUCUCCUGCACUUUUUCUUCUUCUUGGGAGGCUGAAUCCAGUUUGCUGUCCUCCUCCGUGUUGCCAUGGCACUGCCCCUGAAAACAGCAAGUCAUGUCCGCCUCUUCAAUCAGAACUGCUUCGUUUGGUGGAGGCUGUUGUUACUAACACUCUGUCUACCUUUAAACUUUUUGUAUAACCAUUUUAACAACAGAGGACUAAUCAGCUUUGUCUCUAUCCAUAAGUUACUACCGGCUACACAUCAAUUAUGAUGAGUUGCACACGGGUAAAGAUACCGAUGUCACCCGAGCCACGCUACUGCACCAAAUGGCUUAUCUCCUUAUGAUUGAGACUUUCAUUAUUGAGGCGGCAACACAAAUACUCCAAAAAACAACAAGAAUCUCAGAGCUCAUUGCACUUCACAUAUGUUGGUAUUUAUUGAUUGAUGUAAAAUAGUUUUAGUAAAACACCCUGUGCUGCAGAGCUCAAUUAAUUACAUAAUCAUAUAAUAGUCAUAUUGACGUUUCUGCUUUUUUGCUGCCAUGAAGUCAAUCCGCCAGCAGGUGGCGCUGCUGUAAUGUUAGAUAUUGAAUCUGCUUGUUGAAUAACUUAUUUUGUGUAUUGGGGUUUGCUGGUAGGUAUCAUGAUUUUUAAAAAACGAUUAGUUUAGGAACUAAUCGGUUUGACUAAUUUAAUUAUCGCUGUGUUUUGUGUUGAUCGUAAGCCAGUGUGUGCAGUGAGUGCAUCGUCAGUCAUGAACACGAACGUUUUCAAAGGUCCGUCUGGUCGCCGUGGCCCCGUGUUGUCGCCUCACCCUGCUGACUAACCACUGACCGUUUGCCUCUGCUCCGCUGUGUGUGUCUCUGCAUGGUUGCUGUGUGGCAUGGCUGUGUCUGGCUGCAGGGGCCGUACCUGGUGCACGGGGAGCAGAAGCGGGAAGGGCCUCUGACAGAGUGCGGCGGCACCGGCACCUUGCAUGACUAUCAGACCGACAUGGGAGGAAAGCCUCAGCAGCAGCAGCAGCAGCAGCAGCAGCAAGCCUACCUGCGCUCCUCUCGCGGCCAGCUGAGGGGAGGAAGCGGCCGCGGGCUGUCGAGGCAAGACACCUUUGACUCUGAGACCCAGGGCAGCCGGGACUCCGCGUACACCGAGGCCGGCGACUCCUGCAUGGACAUUGAGACCGACCCCUACGAAGAGCCCGAGCCGUACCGAGGCGGCGGGGGCAGCCGCCUCCACCUGGCGCAGCAUCACGGCAGACAGGCGUCCUGGGAAGACGAAGGCGCCGAGCCGGACCAGGAGAACCUGAACCACCCGACGAUGCCCAGCCAGACGCAGCCGCACGGACGCGCCAAGCUGAGGGAGCGUUACUGCCAGGACCCCGUGGACCCCGUGGACACCGAGGCCAACAUGAGCCGCAACAAGAACCAGGACGACUGGGGGAGGGACGUCUACAUCCGCUGAACACGCGUCUGACCACAGAGGCACGGAAGCUACCGGACAGACGGAGAGAUGAAGGGAGGAGGGGACGUUCAGGUUUGGGGUUCAGGAGGAACUGAAGUGUGGGUUUGGGGCCAUGCCAGUCAGGCUAACAAGUGAAUCUGUUUACAUCCCAGUACAAUGGAAAGAAAAACAUCAACUGCCAGAUGACAUUCUUGUCAACUUCUUGCAAUUCAAUUUAUUUAUGUUUCGGGAAAAAAAAAUUACAAUUUUUUGUUUCUUUUGUUAAUACUUGCAUGAAUAUCAUGGAUUUCUAUACUGACAGCACGAGGACAGUAAUUGUUACGAUUGUGAAUCUAUGAUUGUGAACCGUACGACUCGAUCGCUCCUUCAGUUGUAGAGCGUGGAGGCCGGUGGAGCUGAGGUCCGUCCUGUCCGUCCUCUGCAGUCUUAAACAGGGUCAAAGGUCACCGUCCCCAUGUACAGUGUCGGGGUUUCUCUUUACCUUAAUCUCACUCAGUGCUCUUGGAGUUCUCCCCUCGCUGAGAUCCAGAAGUUACGAGUCUCUCGCCUCCACAUUCUUAUCACCCAGACCUUAAAAAAAAAAAAAAAGCUGGUGGAGAAGUUGCCAUAUUUUAAAACACCACAAUUUAUCGAUGUUGCUACACUCAUGUAAGCUUGACAACAACAAUCACAACAACAAAGAGUACACUCCAAAGACGUUUACUUCUUCCCUGACCUGGUUCAGCCACUGUACCCGACUACAUGUCUGACCCAGUCGUCCCGCUUCUCUUUCCCUCUUCCUCGUGGGUGCCGAGGGCGCCCGCAGUAAUCACUUGUUCUCUGGGUUUUUUUUUCUUUCUAGCGUGGUGGAGAUUCAAAGCAGCACCGCAGUUGUAGUUGUGUGAAUGAAGUGUCCUGCCUUAUAGUCACUCGCAAACCUAAAAACACCUUUAUUUCAAGAAAACUCCAAUCACAAGUGCCGGAAUGUCUCGCCAAGCCAUGUCCACCGCUGCCACGGUGGGACGUCUUAACUCUCGUUCUACUCGUUUUCAUAUAGCACAUCUGCGUCUCGAGGCUACGCUGCACCGUAGCCCGUGCUGUCGCUCCAGCACGUAACGUUAUAUCGCUCAUGUCGGUUUUUUUCCUUUGCACCAGCUUCGUCGUCUGUUUUUCAGGGCUAAUGGUGAUAUAUUAAAAACAAUUACGUGUGUGUGUGUGUGUGUGGUCAAUCACUCCCAACUUCCACCUAAACGGCUAGCUUGUCUGAUAUUAAAUACCACUCUCUUCUUACACUUGAUUUCUGACUGAAUUGGUGUUGUUUUUUCCUGUGGACAUUUUCAAUUUUUUAAUUUAUUUUAAAUCUUCUGUUCUUGUGAGGUAGUGAGAGGAGUAUGAAGUGGGUGGGGUGGGGGUGGGGAUAGGGUCAGCUGUGGUCCUUACUCAGUUAUCUAUAAUGGAGAAUCCAUGAAUGUCUUUGGUGGGCCGCUUUUGCCCGACCCGUCUUCAGUUGAAUAAAUAAAUAUUAAAUAAUGAUCAGUAAAUAAUGUUAUUGUUGCGUUAUCGCAAUUGUUAAAGAUAUGAAAUAACAUGUAUCAUUGGUGCCUGAUUGUAGCUACAUUUUUGCUUUUUCUGCCUUUCAUUUUUAAUCUGUGGAUAAAUUCGUAUUUUAAUUAAAAAUGUAAUCAAAAUAUU